AUGAACCCCUUCUUAUACAAGUUGGUAGUGGGAGUUGUUCUGGCAUUCAAAGCAAGUUCUGUUCAGGGAGCCCAACAGCGUGACAUCCUCGCUACAUGUACGACGGACACUGGAGCAACCACAUGUGGCCUCGGCGUUGGUGCUACUGCUUCGACGAUUGCAUUUGCGAGCAACAGUGCCUCAACAUGGAGUCAGACGUUCUACGCUACCAGCCUGACAGAAUUUGCAGCGGCCACCGCGACCACACCAACGACCAUCACCACGACAGAUACCACGGGCGAGACAGUUGAAGCCGUCAUCUUCACUGGAGGCCUUGCAUGGCUCGCGGUUCCCAAGGCCGGAGUUCCUCCAGUCGACCCGCCACAACCCCCUAUCUCUGGCCCUCCUGUUACGACCAAGCCUGAUCCAACAACUACAUCGACCUCAUCUUCAAGCAGCACGACCGACCGUGGAACGCAGACGGCCAUAUCCAACCCUGUACCGAAGAACAUGAGGUCUAUCCUUGAUCAGAUACCUGUCUACUACGACGACAAUGACAUCGAAUGCGUCAGUCCCUCGAAAGACAUCCCGGUCAUCGAACAAGCAAAAGCUAGCCAGAUCAUCGACGACUUUUGUAAGGACAAGUCCAACCAGACUGCGAUUCCAGGGACUCCGAUUGAACAAGUUAUCAGCCUCGGGGCUGGAAGAAACAUCAACGUCAGCGUGUCUGCGUAUCCACUCUGCUCAGAUACUUUCAGCAGCUGGACCAUUGACGAAUCGGACUGCAAGUUCUUCCUUGGCGAGGCUUUGAAUGGCUGUCAAACAAACACAUUGUUGAAGUCGGGAGGUACCGUGAAGGAUGCUUGUCUAGACUGGACGUUGCAAAUGGAGUUCAACCCGGGGGAUCUAGUGUGCAAAGGCACAGCUCUGGGGACCGGCGUCAACCGCGACGAAGCAUUCGACGCCAUCCACCAAUUCUGCGGCAAAUACGCCGGAAGCAUCAGCACGCCCGACAUCAGCAACACGGAAACCUACAAAGAAAUCCUGGGCAACAGCGAGAUGGUCCUCUCCCUCGAAUACAGCUCCGACAAAACCUGUCCCCAACAAGGCGAUGAGGCCCGAUACCUCAUCGAAGGAACCUCCUGCGAGCGCUUCCUCCGUCGUACCAUUGAUGACUGCAACACGGACUUCACCACCACCACGGGUAAAUACGGCGGCAAUAUAACGGACGCAUGCGGUGUCUACACCUUCUCCACGCAAAUCAACGAGAAGACGCUCUGCGGUGGCAAGCACGACAUCCCCGCCAUGAAGAGGGACGACGCCGUCGCCGCGAUCAAUCAAUUCUGCGAUCGAGACCAAACGCUAGAUCCGAGCUUCAAUCCCGGCGGACAUUUCUACCAGACGCCGCCUGAGGGCGCGAGUUGGGAUACUUAUGUCGCUGUGGGGUAUGCGAUUAAGAUGGAGGCGAUUUUUGGAGAUUUGGGGUUCCAGACGGGAUGUGCGCCGGGGAGGAAGUUUGGGACGAAGGGGGACGAGUGUAGGAGGAAGUUGAUGACUGUGGUGGAGCAAUGUCCGUUGAGUGAUGGGGGACAGUUGAGUGAUAAUACGCUGAAUGGGUGUGCUUUGUGGUCGAUUUAUGGGAAUAAGGCUUGA